AUGAAGUCCCUCCAACCGUCGCUUAAGUCCACUAUCGAAGAUACGACGACACCAAGAGGUGUUGCACUAGCGAAUGCCAUUGCAAGUGGUAAUAAAAGAAAGACCCAAGAAGGAGCUGGAGCACAACUAUUGAUGUCGCCGAAAAGGCCGCCUUCACGGCCAUCGUCCAAGAGCGGUAGGGGAAACAAUGGUAGUAGGGGUCGUGGACCUUCAAGUCCUAGCUCAAAGUCGAAUAAAGCGAGAAGUGUGGCUUCUCUGGGUGGACUUAGCGGCCUGCCCGGAGCUCCACCUAGAAGGACAAAGAAGUUGAAACGUAAAAUUAAAAGGAGCAAAAAUCCUGGCCCUGGGUCAACAUUUCAGAGUGUCAUGACUUCUUCCACCAGUGCUGCAGCUGCGGAGGUUAUCAGCGAUGACGAGUCUGAAGACGACCAAACCGAAGAGGAGCAUGACUUAGCUCUUCCUUCUCCCUAUGAACUGCAAGAAUUGCACGCAGGACAAGGACACCAGGAAGGACAAUUGGAUGAACUACAGCUUUCUCAUCCUUCACACCAUUCUCCCCAAGCAGGAUCAGGAAAGAACCUAAGCGGACAUCACAGGCAGUCGUUAUCGUUUGUUAAAGCGAGAGGAGCUUUGUCGCGGAAAGUGACGGAACAAGAUGAGUCGGACAGUGACUUCGAAGAUGAAUUGAUGCUCCUGACUGCAAUGCCUGCAGUGGCAGGAGUCUCUCCAUCUUAUCUCCCAGUAGAUCGUGAAGCCGCGUUAAUGCCCAAUGUUGAUGGCAAUACUUCUACACCACCUCUCACGUCCCCUGCCAUGCAUCGAGAAGGAGAUCAUAGCAGUAGACACGGAAGUAGUAAACCUUCUAGUUUGAUGCCAAAAGAGCAAGACGAUGUGCUUGGUCAAGAAUUGGAAGACGAGCACAAUGUGCUUGGGCAAGAAUUACGCGGAGGACCCGAUCCAGCUGAUAUCGCAUUGUUGCAAAACUUCGACAAAGACGUGAAUGAUUUACUGCGUAGCAUGGCAGAAUUUGAGCUUGGCUCGCAGGGCGACGAAGCUGAAGCGUCCGGGCUGAUGCCACAGAUACACCACACCAAUAUUGCAGGAAAACUAGCGGAAGUAUUGCGGGAAGAUCAUGAGAGCCUUAAUACAAGUCCGCGAGCAGUGCUGCAGGAUAGCGGAGGUAGCAGAUUAGGAGCAAAGUUGGAAUCUCCCAGUGGCGGUGGGUCUACUACUGUUCCUGUUCGCUUACUUCCCGCACCCAAGACAGUAUUGUGAGUUUCAAAUUUUUAUUUUUUCCGGGAAUGUUGAUCGAAUGAAUACUUUGUACUUGGUUCUUAGAUGAUCUAGAGUUAAAGGCGGACAAUGUGACAACUCACCGGAGCCAACAAGUCAGUGUAGCAUAUUUUGGAUCUUAUUUCAUUAACGAGCAAUAAUAGAAUUAGAAAGAGAGUAUUUUUUCUAUUUUUACAUUUUGCAGUAGUUUUCUGUAUUCCUUCUGUGUAGAACAACGAUUGAUUUCUUCAAAUGACUUCUAUGUAUUUACCGCGAUUACCUACAACAGACAAGCUAGAACAACUGGUUUACUCGAAAAGAAACGUGAAAAUGUAGAACGGAAAUAACAGAUGUAAUUCAUCAGCCAUGGAUGAUUUGCAAGGGAUGCAGACUGACCAAUGCUAUGAGGAGAAACGGAGUUUCUUAGACAU